AAACAGAUAAGUGUAGUUUACAAUUUACAACUUACAAUUUAUUCAGCUUAUACAUGGACAUUUGAUUUUCUUCUGACACAAGUGGGUUAAGCUACCAGUCUGUUGGAACAGACACUAAACUAAGUUUUCAUUCUGUUUCAGUUGUGUUGACAACUGGGAUGACAUACUGCUUUUCCUUAACAAAACACAUUUGGUUUUGAGUAAUAAAACAGGAAAAGCAUUUGUUUCAAGGUUCUCCAUUACUUCUGUCACAGAAUCCAUAUGCGAGUUUAGCUGUCUGUCUGUGAAUGAUGCUUUAGCUUUCUUUUUGAGGGGAUGGCCAAGAAUUACAGGCACUGACACACAUGAACAAUCACUAGAUGCACAGUGACAAUGACCCCUUAGCAAGACUAAAUACUGAAUUUGCAAAAACCAUUGAAAUAAUGUGGUUUCGCAUUUGUGUGCGCCACAGAAGUGUACAAUGUGCCAGCGUGUAAAAUCUUUUGAGGAACUGCAAAGGAUGCAAGACCUUAUUAAAAGUUUGGUUAAUAGCGGCAAGUUGGCUUGGAGCCAGUGCUUCAAAUUUAAGAGUGCCAAAACAAACUUUUUUCACCCAUCUUAAGACUGAUCAGCAAGUGAAAGCAUCCGCCGCACUGUCAUUUGAGUCGAGCUGAUAAAGGGUCCUGUAAUUAUGGACAGUUUUCAGUCCUGCAGUACCAGUAUAGUAUUUAGGAUACAGAUUUACUGAACUUUUAAGGAUAUUGUCUUGCUUCUCUCUAACUUGUAUUGUUUGAGUGUGUGUAGGAACACACAUGAAAAACUAAAAACGUAGCAGCAAUGAGACUCUUUAGGACCAGGAAUGAAGAAGCUGCUUUACAGACACGCCUGUUUUACACACUUCACUCAAACACAGAACCAGGAAACACAUGACUUCAGAGAAAGAGAAACUGAAGUGUAGUUGAGCUGUUGUGUGUUUGUGUCUCUGUGUUCAUGCUGUAAAAUGGCAGAAGCCAGAUUUUCUCAGGAUGAGUUCAGGUGUUCAGUGUGUCUGGAUCUCCUGAAGGAUCCAGUGGCCAUUCCCUGUGGACACAGUUACUGUAAGAUCUGUAUUACAGGCUGCUGGGAUCAGGAGGAUCAGAAGAGAGUCUACAGCUGUCCUCAGUGCAGACAGACCUUCAGUCCAAGACCUGCGUUAGCUAAAAUCACAAUUUUGGCUGAAAUGGUGGAGAAACUGAAGAAGAUUAAACUUUCUGCUGACUGUUACGCUGGAGCUGGAGAUGUGCAGUGUGACGUCUGUACUGGAAGAAAACACAAAGCCGUCAAGUCCUGUCUGGUGUGUCUGAACUCUUACUGUCAGAAUCACCUUGAACAACAUGAGAGUUGGUUUAAAGGAAAGAGACACAAUCUGACUGAUGCCACUGGACGACUGCAGGAGAUGAUCUGCCCAAAACACGACAAGAUCCUUGAGGUUUUCUGCCGCACUGAUCAGAAGUGUAUAUGUCUGCUGUGUACGAUGGAUGAACAUAAAAACCAUGACACUGUAUCAGCUGCAGCACAGAGGACAGAGAAACAGCACCAGCUGAAGGAGACGCAGAGGUUGUUCCAGCAGAGGAUCCAGCAGAAAGAGAAAGAUCUUCAGCAGCUGAGAGAGGCUGUGGAGUCUCAUAAGCGCUCUGCACAGACAGCAGUGGAGGACAGUGAGAGGAUCUUCACUGAGCUCAUCCGCUCCAUUGAGAGAAGCCGCUCUGAGGCCACACAGCGGAUCAGAGAUCAGGAAAAGACUGCAGUGAGUCGAGCUGAAGGAAGACUGGAGCGACUGGAGCAGGAGAUCAAUGAUCUGAGGAGGAGAGACGCUGAGCUGGAGCAGCUUUCACACACACAGGAUCACAUCCAUUUCCUGCAGAGUUUCCAGUCUCUCUCAGCUCCUCCUGAAUCUACAGAUGUAAAUGACGAUCCCUUCAGUUCUGUCUGCUCUUUUGCUGUUUUGAGAGAAUCUGUCCGUCAGCUGAGAGACAAACUGGAGGAUUUCUGCAAAGAGGAGCUGAAGAAGAUCUCUGACAGAGUCACUUUCACCAACAUUGUUCCCAGGACCAGGAACGACUUCCUACUAUAUUCCGAUCAGCUCAACCUGGAUCUGAACACAGUGAAUAAAUACCUCUGUCUGUCUGAGGGGAACAGAGUGAUUGCUUACACUGACAUUUUCACAGCACAGCCGUAUCCUGAUCAUCCAGACAGAUUUGAUGGGUAUAAUCUUCAGGUGUUGUGUAGAGAGAGUGUGUGUGGACGCUGUUACUGGGAGAUUGAGUGGAGUGGAGAUAUUGGUGUGUCUAUAUCAGUGUCAUAUAAGAGCAUCAGCAGGAAAGGAUCGGGUAAUGAGUGUAUGUUUGGACGUAAUGAUCAGUCCUGGAGUUUGAUCUGCUCUUCCUCCAGUUACUCAUUCAAACACAAUAACAUAGAUACUAAACUCCCAGUAAAGUCCAUCAGCAGGAGAAUAGGAGUGUAUGUGGAUCACGGUGCAGGAACUCUGUCCUUCUACAGCGUCUCUGGAGACACAAUGAGCCUCAUCCACACAGUCCGGACCACAUUCACUCAACCGCUCUAUCCUGGGUUCAAGGUUUGUUAUCUGUUUUGUUCUGGAUCAUCAGUGAAACUGUUGAUGAAUCAGAAUAGACUGUAGAGAGACUCUACCCAUAAUGCUUUGAGCUCAUGUUAAAUUAGUAACAGUGAGAUGUUAUAGAGCAGAGGUGCCCAAACUUUUUACAACGAAGGGCCAAAAAUCAAACUUGAUCGAGGUCUGUGGGCCGAAAGUAAAAGUUGCAUUAUAUCAAACUUUUAUAUUACAUUUAAAGUGGUAAACUUUGGUUACCUUGAUUUAUGAUUUCAUAAUUUUAAAACAUUAAUCAAUUUGCUUAGAAAAAAGAAAAAGAAAAGAAUCUUGAACAUUAAGGAAUCUAAAUCAUAACUAAACAAAAUAAUCUAGAGGUUCUGACAAAAUGUUAAUUGUUGCAGAGUAUUUAAAAUGUUUAAUUAAUUUGAAUGAAUAAAUAAAGAAUAAAGAAUGAAUCUUGUGAAUGAAUGAUUCAAUGACAAAUACAUUUUUAACAUUCAUUUGUUGCCAUCUGGUGGCAUAACAAUGUCAUAGAUUCAAACAUUGUUUAAAGAGACAAGUUACUUUUAAAAGUAGAUUUGCUCUAUUUUGAUUGCUACUGUAGGCAUCAGUGUUCAUGUGCGAAGUGCAAAGUAAUUCUGUGAUAAUCAGAAUAUUUGUAAGACAGAAAUAGCUAUACUUUUUGGUUGAAAAGACUGUGAAGCUGUUUCAGACAACUGCUCUCUCUGGGGCAGCGGCACGGGCAGGAAUGAAUGUUCCGGGUUCUUUUGUCAAAGGUUUAAUAGACAAAAUCACUGAAUCAUAGAUAUAUUAUGCAUAUGAAUCAUAUGCAUAAUAUAACUGCAUGUGGACGAAAACAAAAAUGAACUUGGUUAAAAACUGAUGCACAUAUUUAUGGAUAAUAAUGCAGAAAUUAAAACUUGCCAUUUUCAACCUCACAUGCCACAUGAUUGUUGGUGCAGCACACGUGUAAUCAGAGAAGACCGCUGUAAUAAUAAAAAGCAUUCACAUAAACAAUUAUUAAAUUCUAUAUUUUCAAUAUUUUUUUUCAUUCCAUUUUUUGUUUUCACUCUAAGCAGUCCUCCUUCAGACAGACAGUUUUGUUUUUGUUUUCUUGUUCAGUCAGAUGGGGCAGGUACAAUGGGUGUGUUAAACAGCCCCUGGGUUGCGUUAGAGCGCUCAUAAAUGGCACACAUCUACUUUAACAUCUAUGUUUUUUUUGUU